AUGGAAAAAGUGAUGGACUUGAGUGAGUGAGGGAGAGAGAAACAAAGAUUUUGUUGUUUAUGUAUUGUGCUUGUGUUUGUGUUUGUGUUUGUGUUGUGUGUGAGUGAGUGAUUGUAGUAAAGUUUUCCAAGUAGAGUGUGUUUUUAGGAUGCGUGAAGUGAGCACCCAAUACUCCGAUUCUCGAUCUCUUCACUUCACGUAUCUCUGCCAGCCUGCGCUCUCUCUGCCAUAUUUGCUGCUCUGAAGAACAUUAUAACUCUUCAUUUCAUCAUCACCACAUCUCUUUCACUGUUCCCUUUCUUUCACCAUCACUAUUAUCCUCUUUAAUACACCUCUCUCUCUCUCUCUCGCUUUUUAAGUUUUUAACGGAUUUUCUCUUUUCUUCUUGUUCUUCUAUAGUGUGUUGAGUUUUUUUAUUUUUAUUUUCUUUCCUUGUGUUUAUGGCGGAGGGUUUUGAGCCCUACCAUGUCCCACAACAAAGCAGAAGAGAUAAGCUAAGAAUUGUGGCUCAGAACCAUUCAGGCUGUGUUGAAUCAACGGCUACCCUUCAAGGCUGCACCGGUUUCCUUCCUUUGUACGAUCACUCUCUUCUCUCUUCAGAUUUGCUGAACUGUGCCAACGCCAGUGGCCACGACUUCCACCACGGUAACAAUCCAAUCUCAGCUUCUGCUGACCCCGGUAAAGCCAACCCAGUUUGUGCUGUUAAGGAUGAAGGUGUGCAUUUGAUGGGUUUUGUUGGUGGGAUCGUUAAUGGUUCUUCUUCUACUUCAACUUCACAUCAUCCUUAUUUGGAUCCUCAAUCUUCUUUGAAUAUGAAUCCUAGUUCCAUUCAAGAUAUUAACAACAACCCCUUUUUUUACGCCCCACAUAACCUCCAUAACCUUAGAGAUUUUGAUCAGUCCUAUAAUGGUGGUAGUGGUGAAGUUGUUGCCUUUAAACCCGAACCCUUAUCUUUAUCUUUAUCUUCUCACUGUGCCCACCAAAGCAAUCUUCCUUUGGAGCUAAAUCUUCAAAGAUAUGGGUCCACAAUUUAUGGAGACAAAGUUACCAGCACCGGUGAAUAUAUGGUUCCGGGAAUUGUUGUUGGUGGUGGUUCGACCUCUAAUGAGCCAUCGAGGAGUUUGGUCCCGCUCGGACCAUUUACGGGCUAUUCUUCGAUUUUAAGAGCAUCAAAAUUUUUAAAGCCUGCACAGCAGUUGCUGGAGGAGCUUUGCGAUGUUGGCCAGAGAAUUUACGCUGAAAAUGUUACUGUUGAUUCUUCAUUAAUGGAUCCUCAAAUACUAAACUUGAGCACUAGUGGACUUGUUGAUGAUCCGCUUGGUGUUGGAGAAGGUAGCGAGAAUAGAAGAAAGAAAUCUAGGCUGCUUUCUAUGCUCGACGAGGUUUACAGGAGGUAUAAACAAUACUAUCAGCAAAUGCAAGCAGUAGUGGCUUCUUUUGAAUAUGUUGCAGGGCUUGGCAAUGCAGCUCCCUAUGCAAAUCUGGCUCUAAAAUCUAUGUCUAAGCAUUUCAGAUGCUUGAAGAAUGCAAUUACAGAUCAGCUUCAGUUCACAAAUAAGGCUCAAGCUCAAAUAAGCCAGGGCAAAGAAGAGGCUCCCCCAUUUGGAAGCAGUGAUAGAAGUCUUUAUGGCCAGAGAAUUGUUCCUAACUCUGGAUUCCUUGAACGCCAGCCUGUUUGGCGACCCCAAAGGGGGCUUCCUGAGCGCGCUGUAACUGUUCUCCGGGCAUGGUUAUUUGAACACUUCCUUCAUCCUUAUCCUACUGAUACAGACAAGCUAAUGUUGGCAAAACAAACUGGUCUAUCACGGAGCCAGGUUUCUAAUUGGUUUAUCAAUGCUAGAGUAAGGCUUUGGAAGCCAAUGGUUGAAGAGAUACACAUGCUGGAAACACGGCAAGCUCAAAAAGCUUCCCAAAGAGAGGAGCGAAAUGCUGAUCGUUCAAUGGAUCAUCUACCUUCCUCAAACUCAAUUCCAUCCGAAAACCCAUCCACCUCCACCCAAAGGUUCCCAGACACCCCAUCCAAACGCACAAGAAAUGAAUUUCCUGAUAUUCCUCUUGGAAGCGAGGUAAACCCAAACUUGUCUUACAACAGCUUGUCGAGCCAUCCGCAUGUUGGUGUUGGUGUGAGCAUGGGAGGUGGCAGUAGCACUGUUUCCUUAACGCUUGGCCUUCAUCAGAAUCAUGGGAUCAAUUUAUCAGAACCCUAUCCUUCUAUAAAUGCAGUUCAACAUUUUGGCCUCGGCCUUGAGGCAACUAGUGAGGGGUAUGUUUUCAGUGGUUAUGAAGCACAGAAUCGGCAUUUUGGAAGGGAUGUUAUUGGAGGACAACUUCUGCAUGAUUUCGUUGGUUGAAUAUAUCUUCAGGCUAAAAUCUGUGUCCAGGCAUCAUUAUAUUGGAAUGACUAACAAAGUUUUUCUUAGGUGUGUUUACAUUGGAAUCUGGAUGUGAAGCCAAGACAAAGCUGGAGUGGUCAAAUGAUUGCUCUAAGAGGCAUAAGAAGGUAUGCUAUUCAAAUUACAGUGUACAUCAACAACCCAGAAAAGGUGCAAAUGACUUAAAUGAUUGGUGUAAAAUUCUUCUGUAAAUCUAUAAUUUCAUAUGAUAAGAAAUAUGAUACAUUUUGAGGCCAGCAAGUUAAGGUUAAAAGAGGCCUUGGAAUGUUGUUUUCAGUUUGAAUGAAAGCUUUGUGAGGGUUUCCUCAGUAAUCAAUUAAAGCCUGAUCUUCAGGAGUUUUUCUGAAUUUGCUAGAAUCAUUUACUGAUUCAUUAUUCAGGUAGAUUCCGAGCUGGAGGGUUGUUAGGAAUAUUACUUCAGUUCAAGACUUGAUAUGCAGAGGUGAGUGGCAGAGCGAAAAGGCCUUGGAGGGCUAUGUAUCUGUUGAUUGGCAAUUUGGCAUAUUAUAUAGUGGAAAGAACAAAUUGUUAAAGCAUUUGCAUUUGGUUACUUGUGGGAAGAGUGGUUCAUAAUAAUUGCAAAUAGAAUAUAUUUUUUCUUCUCUA